UCAAUCAGUAAUGGACUAAUAUACUCAUCUGUGCCUCGCCAAUGGCUAAACCCUAUUUUUUUCAAAUCCUUUUUGGGUUUCUAGGGUUCAUCCUCUUCAUCUCUGUACCUGCCGUUGGCGGCGGAUUGAUCCACGAACUACUACGCGACACGGCCUACCGGCGGGUCUUCUCCCCACUGCGGUGUCGUCCUACAAUCUGGAUCUGGAAACUGGUGUCUUGGAAGCUCAUCUUGACCGUCCGUGCUAUGCCAAGUACGAUGGAAUGGUCUUCUUCAACGAGACGGUGAGGGGUAAUUUGAGCUAUGGUGGGUUGAGGGGUUUGGUGGGUCUUUCGCAGGAGGAGCUCUUUCUAUGGCUGCCGGUUAAAGAGAUAUUAGUUGCUGAUUCUUCAUCGGGAGUUAUUUUGUUUGAUAUGGGCGUUGCUCAUAAGCAAUUGUCUCUCUCACUGUUUGAGAAUCCACAGGAUUGCAGUGUGGGAGGAGAGAAGUUUGGUAAAGGUUUAAUCCGGAUGAUCAGUGAAGGACGACGCCCACGAGCAUCGUAGUCGAUCUUCUUACUGGCGUUCCUCUGCUCCAGCUUCGGUCUGCGAACCGAAGCCACCUUCGAGUCCCGCCGGCGGUCGAACUUCUUGCUGACGAACGAGAACAUCGGUCGCCCAUUAGCGAUAUUUGCCGCAGGAUUUUCGUCAUUUUUCUGCCGAAAGCAGCCGACUGCAGCGGACCGCGGGAUAAGGGAAUGGUCGUGGAAAGCAACAGCGGACCGCAGAAUUUUUUCUGCCGUGGUUCUGCCGCAAUGUCCCAAACAAUGAUUUAAUGACUUUUUAUAAAGUAAAGCAGCAGUAACUCCGUCCCAAACG